AAUAGUUUUGUUUUCAUCAGAACAUGUAAAACCAGUCAUAUUAUUACUAAUUAGAUAUAACUACUAUAUAUUUUAAUACAAAAUAAAAAUCGUUGUACAACUCAAGUCAGUUUAGUUAUAUAGUUAUUGUGUUAUUAUAAUCACUCGGACACACAAAUAACAUUCUGAUAAAAAAAAAAAAAAAAAGAUUUAUUUGUCUUUCUCUAAUCAAUAGAGAUUAAUAAAUGGAGAUAAUUUUCUUCCGAAAUGGCCGAAAUACAAAGAAAAACGUUAUAAUAUGUUUGUAUUCUGGUAGUGAGUGUUCUAUAGUAUAAUAAUAUAAUAAAAUCUAUAUGAAAAUGAUAAAUUUUAGCUCACAAAACGUAAUACAAUUGUUAGUUAUAUUUCCGUUCUUUCAAGAUGUAUUGUGUGCAAAUAUUCUUGGUGUAUUUCCAAUCGAAGCACUUAGUCAUCACAUCAUUUUUGACUCUUACAUGUCCGAACUUCACCGUCGUGGCCAUAAUGUGACGGUAUAUUCACAUUAUCCAGACCUUGCUUCCGAACAAUACAAGCGAAUACAAAUCAUCAAUGUGUCGUCUAUAUUGGACCCAAAUUACGUGACCAUGGACCAUAUGUACUCGCCAUCAAUUUUGAAUAAUUAUAAACACAUGUUUCACAUCAUGCGUAACGGAGAAACAUACACUCAGACUGAUGCACUGCGUCAACUGUACGACCAGCCAGAAGACAUUUACGAUUUAAUUGUAAUCGAAACAUGUAACACCGAUCUAUACCUAGCGUUGAUAGAACGAUUCAAAGCCCCGUUCAUUGCAUGGACUACAUCUCCAUUAUUCGUAUGGUCUGCUGAUCGCACGGGGACGCCCACUCAUCCUGCAUAUAUACCAGUACUAAUGACAUCAUACGGAUCACAGAUGAAUUUUGUAGAACGGACUUGUAACACAUUAUUGCGAUCGAUAGCUUUUCAUAAAUAUUAUACGGAAUCAUCAAUAUUCUCUCAAAAAAUCGCUUCAAAACUUUAUAAAAAUGCAUCCCAAUUAGAUCAGUUGGUGUUGAAGACUAGCUUGUUAUUUGUAAAUACAUAUCAUUCUUUAUGGGACAGUAGGCCACUACCACAAAACGUUGUCGAAGUAGGAGGUCUGCACGUGAAACCAUCAAAACCUCUAGAAGAGGUUUGA